AAAAGCAAUGGCUUCCCCAGCAAGGACGGCAAGGUCAGAAGAUAUUUUUGGACAGAAAUGGGACCGGUGUCUGUCAGACACAGCCAUAAAAAUAGCUGGUGGCCUUGGACUUGGUAUUGUGUUUUCGGUGGUCUUCUUUAGAAGAAGGCCAUGGCCUGUAAGUUUUGGCAUGGGCGUUGGCCUGGGGAUGGCCUAUUCUAACUGUCAGAAUGACUUCCAGAACCCAUAUCACGUUAACUGUAUUCGAGUUCAGACCACGGAAAAAACAGCAAGCCCUUAAGAAGAAAACUGACUGUUUAGCUUACUGUGUAUAUAAUAUAUGUUUGACUGUAUGAGAGCAUGGUAUACAGAAACUAAUGUCGACCUUGUUUGUUAGGAGUAUGGACUGUAAUUGUGAUUGUAUAGCUGUCCGGAACUUUACAGAUAUUACUUCUGUAAAAUAUCUUAAAGGUAUUUGUUCCACCUACGGUGAUGUAUGGUAGUUAUGGCUAAAAUGUAAUUCAGUUUCUGACUUGAAAUAGUUGGGGGUUUUUUGGUUGUGGUUUUAUUUAUCUUUUUGGUAGAUCAAAGGCCAUGGUAUGUGCUAUCCUGUCUGUGGGAUGGUGCAUAUAAAAGAUUCCUUGCUACUAAUGGAGGCAUGUAGCAGGUUUCCUCUCUGACUGUCAAAAUUACAAAAUGUUUGACACCCAAUAGCCAGUGACUAAUAAAUCAAUGUGUUAAACAAAACUAACUUAAUGUUUCCUCAGCACAUUUUGUUUCUCUAAUUUUAUUAGCUAUCAAGAAAAUGCUUGCGUUUUUGUUUUCAACGAAGGGCUUGUGAAUUGCUGAGCAUUUUUAUGAUCCUGCAGGGCAUUUUUUCUAAAAAAAAGAUACAGUAUAUAGAUUCUAAGAAAUCCAAGUUAUGCUACAUGCAAAUUAUUUUUUUUUAAAGACAAAACUCUUGUUAUUCUCUAAACAUCAGUAUAUAUAUAUAUAUAUAUAUAUAUAUAUAUAUAUAUAUAUAUACAUACUUACAGAAAUGAUUAUGACUAUGGGUCGAAUUUACUCAGCCAUUCUUUUGAAGGUUCUAAAGCAUUGUAAAUCAUAAUGUAUAUAGUUGCCUGUAUCUAAAACAAAAACAGCCCUAUAUGUUUCAACCAGAAGUAUCGUAGAUUCCUGUAGGUGGAACGUAGUCCUCAAAUGCAUAACUUAGAAUCUUAUUUUGAUGGACAUUUUUAAAACAAUGUGUGUUCAACUGAGUUGCAUUUAUAACUAAUCAAUCUUUAUAUGUUCAAAUACACGCAGACAGAACAGACACACAGACAGACUGAGAGGUAUAUUACACAGACUUUGAAAAUGUGGUGAACCAUACUGUUCAAAUGACCAGUGCAAUUGAUAAUAGCUUUUUGGAAGUUAUGGAUACAUGUAUUAUAAAACAAAAUUAGUUUUGAGAAUAAAAUAGGCAAAUCAGUAUACAAGUAUAUGCAAAGUAACAAAUUACUUGGGUCGUAGAAGUUAACUUUCAGGGUUUGCACUUUUUUUAUUACAGUUACUGAGUAGCAUUAAAGUAUGAAAGUUAUGAAUUAAUAAAAUAUUUGUGUUUAAAA